GGGCGUAGGAGCCAAAGAAGCACAUGAGUAAAGGUUUUAAAUGAGUCUUUGGAGAAUGGCAAAUCUUGUGUGGCCUUUGCUUGCCUUGGUCAUGAUAAGUACGGUUACUCCUCAGAAUUCAGGACCCCUCUACCUAAUUAAUGGAUUUAGAAGCGGUAACUCAGAUGAUGGAAGUUCUCCUGAAAUUCCCCUGCAACGACCUUUUCUGUAUUUUGGACAAUCAUAUGAUCAGAUUUAUGUAAACAAUAAUGGACAUCUGACCUUCGACACGGCUUGGAGUAGUUUCACACCUCAAAGGUUUCCACUGUAUGGAUCCAGGGACAUCAUUGCUCCAUUCUGGACUGAUUUGGACAACAGAUUGAGUGGUCAGGUCUACUACAACCAAUACACCAAUGGCAGCAUCCUCCAACAAGCCACGCAAGACAUUAAUCGUUACUUCCCAGCAUUGAGCUUCAGUGCUGAAUGGGUGUUUGUUGCAACAUGGAACGAGGUGGCUUACUAUCCCAACUCUGGAACCCAAACAACAGUUCAAGCAGUCUUGAUCUCUGGCGGCCUUUACUCAUUUGUGCUGAUGAAUUAUGGGAUAAUAGCCCCAACAUUAAGAGAUAUACAGGCUGGCUAUGACACAGUGGACUCCACUCACCAUUUCACCAUCCCUGGAUCCUUUUCUACCGCGGCAUCAGGCAAUAACUCAAAUUUCAACCUGAGCAGCAAUGUCAAUGUACCCGGUCGUUGGGCUUUCCGGACCGAUUAUGGAUCAAGGGGCUGUAAUUACAGUGGUGAAUUACUCCAACUGGGUGACUCAUUCUGGAGUGACCGUACAUGUGCACAGAAGUGCACCUGCACCUCAGCAGGCCUGCAGUGUCACAGCGAAAGCUGCUCCUUUUCCCAAAUCUGUCAACCCGCUGCCUUUAAAUUCUCCUGCCAGACCGUGCAGAGAGGCUCCUGCAGCAUAAGUGGUGAUCCACAUUACUAUACAUUUGAUCAAACACGCUUUGACUUCCAAGGCACCUGCACUUAUGUUCUCUCUGAGCAAUGUGGUCGUGGGUUGCCCUACUAUAGAGUAGAGGGCAAGAAUGAGCAUCGGGGCAGCACCCGGUAUUCCUGGACACGACUGGUGAAAGUGUUCGUCUAUAACAAAACCAUUGAGCUUGUCAAGGGACGACGAGGUGCAGUUAAGGUUAAUGGCAUCUUUGCAGACACUCCUUUCUAUCUCAACAAUGGCACGGUACAGGUUUAUCAGUCCGGAUUUUCUGUGAUCGUCAGCACUGACUUUGGCUUGGAGGUGUCUUAUGACACAGAUCAUUAUGUGAAGAUCAGUGUGCCCUACACCUACCAGAAUGCAACAUGUGGCCUGUGUGGAAACUUCAACAAUAAUGGCAGGGAUGACUUAAUAACCAGAGAAGGAGAAAUUGUAAGCUCUGGUGUGGUUUUCGCCAACAGUUGGCAAGUAUCAGGAGGCGAUGAGCCUGGCUGUGAGGAGCAGUGUGGAGGUCUAAGCUGUGCUACCUGUACUGAGGCUCAAACUGCUUUAUACAGCAACAGUGCCCAUUGUGGUAUCCUCCAAAAUAGCUCUGGACCUUUUGCUGCUUGCCACGACACACUUUCCCCACAGAGCUUUGUGCAAAGCUGUGCGUAUGAUUUGUGUGUAGGAGAAGGAUAUCAACCCAUUCUUUGCCAAGCUCUGAAUGUGUACGCAAGACAGUGUCAACAGAAUGGUAUACAGCUGCCAAGCUGGAGGAGACAAGACUUUUGUGAGAUCCAAUGCCCUGCCAACAGCCACUAUGAGCCCCAAGGCACCGCAUGUCCAGCUACCUGUGUCAACCCAAAUUCAACCCAAGGCUGUCCUCUUCCUGACCAAGAGAGCUGCCUCUGCAAUUCAGGCUACAUCCUCAGUGCUGGGUUCUGCAUCCCUCAUACCGAGUGUGGCUGCAGCUUUGAGGGUAGCUACUACCGCUCGGGAGUAACUGUAAUACUGGAUGAGGACUGUGGGAGACGUUGUAGCUGCAGUAAUGGAUCCAUGACUUGCAGCCCCCAUGGUUGUGGCCCUCUUCAAUCAUGCGGUGUGGAUGAGGGAGAAAGAGGAUGCAGACCCAACAGCUAUGGCACAUGCUGGAUGAAAGGUCCAGGGUCAUAUUACACGUUUGAUGGAUUUAGCUACCUUUAUCCCGGGGCGUGUCAAUUGACCCUUGCCAAAGUAAUGGGAUUGUCUAGUUACCCACAUUUUGUGGUGACAGCAGAGAAACUGCCUGUAGGCCAGCAGCGGUUUUCUAGAGUGCUAAAGUUUGAGGCUGGGGGAAUACAGGUGUCCAUUGAGAUGGCAGGUAGCAACAGAGUAAUGGUUGAUGGACAGCAGAUAAGACUACCAUUCAGCUCGGCCUCCAACCACAUCCAAAUCUACCACAGCAGCCUUCACAGCAUCAUCCUUCGCACGUCCUUUGGUGUAACUAUACAGACCGCUUGGCCUCACUUUGUGCGUGUCACUGCACCCGGCAUCUACAACGGUCUAUUGGGUGGACUCUGUGGAAACUACAAUGGACAGCCUAAUGACGACUUCCGCACACCCAACGGCAUUCUGGUUAACAGCUCUCAGGACUUUGGGGACAGUUGGCGGGAUGGUUCCCUUUCUGCAGAGUGUGUGGAGAGAGUAAAUCAUAACUCCACAACCAAUUACAAUUCUAGUGAGUACUGUGGCAUUCUUGGUUCCCCACAUGGGCCGUUUGCCCAGUGCUGGGCCAUGGGGAGCUCCCAGCAGCAUGUGGAUGCCUGUGGGGAGAUCAUAAGAGCCUCUAGAGAUCCAGCACAUGCACUAUGUGAGGUCCUACAAGAUUACGCACUAAUGUGUCAACAGAAGGGUGUUGCCCUUGGACAUUGGAGAAAUGCAACUCAAUGUGAGCAAAACUGCCCCCAAAACAGCCACCCAGAAGACUGUGGAAGCACCUGUCCUUCCACCUGCCCCGGCCUUUCUUUCCCUUACGUCUGUGACACCGUGUGUCAGGAUGGGUGUCAGUGUGAUGAUGGCUUUGUCCUCGACGGAAACCAGUGUGUGCGACCCACAGGGUGCGGAUGCUAUCACCAAGGACGCUACCGGCAGGGAGGCGAGCAGUUCUGGGAUGGGGAAGAGUGUCAGAAUUUGUGUACCUGUACAGGCACAACUGGAAUGGUCCACUGUUUCCCCAACGCCUGUGGUCCCCAAGAGUCCUGCCGUGUGGUGGAGGGUGAGUUUGGAUGCCAUCCGGACCCUCAUGGCACAUGUUCUGCCUCUGGUGACCCCCACUACCUCACCUUUGAUCACAAGGCCUACGACUUCCAGGGAACCUGCCGCUAUGUGUUGGCGACUCUCUGCAAUGACACUGAUGGGCUUCACCAAUUUUCUGUGGAAGCUAAGAAUGAGCCAGUCAACGGCUGGCCAGUGUCAGUAACAGCAGAAGUAUUUGUUAAUGUCGCAGGCUAUCGUGUGCAUAUGUCGAGGGAGAGUCAUGGGGUGGUACAGGUGAACGGAGUAACUAAAAACUUACCUAUCCUACUGAAUGGAAGUCUUUCUAUUCACGCUAGUGGAUUUCGCACAUACGUCAGUGCUGAUUUUGGCCUGAGUGUCGAGUACGAUGGAUGGUAUACAGUGUCUGUUUCUGUACCUUUAAGUUACAGAGGAAAAACAUGUGGACUUUGUGGUAACUUCAAUGGAAAUCCCAAUGAUGACUUCCACACCCAAUCUGGAAUGAUGGUUACUACUCCAGAGGAGUUUGGAACAGCCUGGAAAGUGGCAGGCAACUACACCUGUAGCGAUGGGUGUGGCUCGUCCUGUCCACAAUGCACCAAUGAGCUACCUGCCAGAGCCCGAUGUGACGUGAUUCAAGCAUCUGAUGGACCCUUAAGCUUCUGUCAUGAGCUGGUGAACCCAGCGCCAUAUUUCAGUGACUGUGUGUUUGAUGUUUGUGUGUCGGGAAGUGAAGAUCUUCUGUGCAGAGCCAUUCAGUCAUACGUCAGUGCCUGUCAGUCCGCCAAUGUUCAAAUCAACCCUUGGAGACAGAACACCACCUGCAGACUUGACUGUCCCGCAAACAGCCAUUACGAGCUGUGUGGCACUGAAUGUGGCCAAAUCUGUGCCAGCAGCGUCGAUGCCACCUGUGAGCAGGUUUGCUCUGAGGGAUGUUUCUGUAAUGAAGGCUUUCUCCGGAGUGGGACAAGAUGUGUCCCAGUGGAAAGCUGUGGCUGUCAAUACGACGGGUUCUACUAUAAUGCUGGUGAGUCCUUCUGGACAGAGCGUUGCUCCCAGCGAUGUGAAUGCCAUGCUCCCAAUGACCUUCGCUGUUCUGCGGAAUCUUGCAGUCAUGCACAAGAGUGCACCAUCAGAAAUGGCCAGCUGGGAUGUUUUGACGAUAUGUCUACGUGCACUGUGUUGGGCGACCCACACUACAUCACCUUUGAUGGGGUACUGGCCCAUUUCCAGGGCACGUGCUCGUACAUCAUAACUGAGAGCGUGAACCAUGGCAUCAAUGAAACACAGUUCCAGGUAGUAGCCACCAACAAUCAUCGUGGCAGCAAACGUGUAUCGUUUGUGUCAGAAGUGGAUGUUUACCUAUCACAUCAAUCAGAGGAUGUGCAUGUAUGGAUUGGACCCAAUAAAAGAGUAAAGGUAAAUGGAGGUGAGGUGUCUCUUCCUACCACUGUUGGAACUUCAGCUCAGCUAGUAAGACAAGGAAGUUACAUCGUGCUUGAGGUUAUGGACUUGAGAGUUCACUUUGAUGGCCAAAGCACCUUACUGGUCCGAGUGGGCCAGUACCGUCAAAAUCGAGUCAGAGGCAUGUGUGGAAACUUCAACAGCGAUCCUCUCGAUGACAAAGUUUUGUCCAAUGGCACAUUGGCACGGAAUGACAAUCAGUUUGGACACAGCUGGAUGUCAUCCACAAGCCAACCAGGAUGCGGAUCCACUGAUGAAGACAGUAGCGACGGAUUGAGCAACUGUCUUUUUCUGAGAGAAUACUCAGAGCUCUGUAGUGUCAUCACCAACAGUAGCGGUCCCUUCAGUGCCUGUCACGUGCACUCUGAUCCACAGCCAUUUUUCAGUUCCUGCAUCUAUGACCUCUGCCUUUACACUCCAGCCAAUGGCAUGCUAUGUUCUGCAGUUUCCGCCUACGAGAGCACCUGCUCUGUUUUGGGGUUAAGUGUCCCUGAAUGGCGCUCUGCUUUGCAGUGUGCUGAGUCAGACCCCUGUGAGCAGCUUGACUGCACAGAGUACGAGUGGUGCGGUGAGAAGGACGGUGUGUACGGCUGCUUUUGUGAUGAGCGCCACCAUCGUUCCAACAACGAGAGCUACGACUCGUCCAUCACUUGUGACAGUAGUUCGGGCACCAUGUCUGUGUCUCGAUGCCAACUGUUUGAAGACGGAUUCCCCUCCAGUUCCCUCCACCUCCGAGAUGCCUCGUGCAACGGGACUCUCCAGGGCGGACGACUGGUGUUCCAAUUUGACAAUAAGGACCAGCAUUGUGGGACAUCUCUCAGGAGCAACGGAACUCAUUUCUUCUAUGAGAACACCAUCCAGGGUGCUGUGGACCCUCAUAAAGGUCUAAUCAGCCGCCAGAGGACCAUUCAGUUGGGUUUCUGCUGUGAAUACCCUCUGACCCACUCCGUGUCCAUGGACGUGGCCAUCAACCCUGUAGAGAGCAUUGUGAGGAAGAAGCUUCCUAUGGGCCAUGGACAGUAUCACGUGAGAAUGAUCCCUUACCAGGACGCUGGCUUCCUCUUCCCCUUGGCCAGUAACGGGAACAUAGACAUGGAAAUUGACCAAAGGAUGUAUGUGGAGAUCCGGACAGAAGGAGUCGAUGGAAGUCAGAUCACCACCAUUGUGGACUCUUGUUGGGCCACGCCAAUCAACAAUGAGAGCUACCCUGUCCGCUGGGAUCUCAUAAGCGCAGAGUGUCCUAACCCAGCAGAUGGGACGGUAGAGCUGCUUGCUAACGGCAUCUCCAACGCGGCCCGAUUCUCCUUCAGGAUGUUCACCUUCACCAACUUUUCAUCUAUCUACCUCCACUGCCAGGUCCACCUGUGUCUUCUGACAAAUGGCGACUGCACAGCUCACUGCCAGCCUGGAGACCAAGGGCGAGUUCGAAGGGAUGUGUCCCAGGAUGCCAUCACGGGCAUCUCGCUCGGCCCCUUCACCAUGGCGCCACACAGGAAAGCCAGAAUGGUGAAUCCGAGCAGCGCAUGAGGCCAGUUGACCACGCUGGUGACCCCGCGUGUCAGUUUGCUGGCAGCCAAAUCUCUGGUGAAGGGUGCUCAAAGAUGAUCCAUAUACUAAAACCAAUCAACAUAG